AUGGUUCAAUCCCAACAACCUACUGCGAUCCCAACAACCCCCUUCAAUGAAACAAAGGUGUCAGGGAUAAUCGACGAUUUGCAAAAAUAUUGGCCAUUGGCUGGCCUGCCCGAGCAGCAACGAGAUAUCUUGAAAGACAUCCACGGAUACCUUCAAGAUUAUGGAAUCCGACCAGAUGGGACAGCGUACAACUUAAACACCCUAAAAUAUUAUCUGAGAAAAUCAUUUCUCGGCCUCAAUAUAGGGAUAGAAUACAAUGAAGAUGCAUCUGGAAAUAGCCAGUAUUACCAGAUUCAUAUUUGUAUAGACCCGUCUGGUAAAUUCAUGAUUAAGUGUCCAGUGCUGGCCGAUGAGAAAUGUGCCGAUAGCUUUGUGUUUCCUUCCUUCUAG